UAGCAAAAACACAUGUAUUAAUUAUACUUUUCUGUUGAUCUCUCUAUUGCCACACUGUCAAGUCACAACUGCGUUUUUUAAAAGAUGAAUUUGUGUUACAACUGAACCCUACUGACAAAUUUAGAGCCAAAGAAAGUUCAUUAUUUUCUACAGAAAAAAAGUGAAGAGUGACAGAACGGCAAUAGAAAAAUCCCGAGAUAUAGGAUGCAUGUGUAAGAGUACUAAUAUAAAAUAAAGUUUUUUUAUCAUCCUUCCACCAACUGAUUAUGUACUGUUGAUAAACUCUGAAACAAAAUUUUUAGUUGAAAUAAUUAAAAAAAUCAACUAUCAUAAUAUUUUAGUGAAACAGCUCAAGAAUGCUUUUAGAACGUUUACAAGAAAAAUUACCUUAAGGCCUCUUAUUUAGAGAAAAAUCCAAGUUAAUGGAUUGUCCUCAUUUUGUCAAGAGAGACAUCCCCUUCAAUAAGUUUAUGAUGCACAUUGCUCAGGGCCUGUAUUUAAAGACAAAAUGUUAUAAACAAACAAAAAAACUGAACAAAACCAACACCGCAACCACAAAUGUUAAUGACAAUAAGCGUUCCAAAGUAAAACCCUGAAUUACCUUAAAGUAUUUAACAGUUUUGACUCUCAAUUCUAAAGUCGCAUCCUCAUCACAAAUCAUUAAAGUAUGAGGAUGCUGUUGAAAAGCAGAAACGGUCCACAUAUGAUUAACCCCUUCUUCAAUUGCUUUGUACAACGCAAAAGCCUUAUGUGUUCCAGUGAUCAAAAUCAUGACCUAAAAAUAACCAAGGAAAUAAAAUAAGCCAAAUAGUUAAUUUUAGACAACUUCUUUUGCAUCCAUCACAGUUCCAACUCCUACAGUCAAAGCUUGUUUAGGCACUUUACUAAUGUCAUUGUCAAAAAAGCGUGCGUUGGCCUCUAGGGUAUCCUGAGCUAGAGUCUUAACCCUUGUACGUGACACAAGUGACGACCCUGGCUCAUUAAACGCAAUGUGGCCAUCGGGACCAAUUCCCCCAAUGAACAAUUCCACGCCUCCAGCCUCAGAAAUCUUUUUCUCAUAAUUGUUGCAUUCGUCCACUAAAUCAGAAGCGUUACCGUCGAGUAUAUGCGCGUUUUGGGGGUCAAUGUCUAUGUGUUUGAAAAAGUUAUUCCACAUGUAGUAAUGGUAACUUUCAGGGUGGUCUCUAGGCAGAUUUACAUAUUCAUCCAUGUUGAAUGUUUUCACAUAUUUGAAAGAGACUUUUCCGGCAUUGUAAAACUCGAUCAGUUUUUGGUACAUUCCAUAUGGAGUGCUUCCUAAUCAGUGGAUUUAUGUAUUAAAUUGAGGACAGACUUUAAUGGAAAAUUACCUGUUGGUAAUCCAAGAACGAAAUAUCGGUCGGGACCUGGAUUGAAGUCGUUUAUUCGUUUCAUGACGUAUUUCGCGGCCCAUUCUGCGACUGAACUCGAAGACUCCAAAAUAAUGAGCCGCAUAUUGUCUCUUUUUGCGAACUUUUCGGUCACCUAAUUCCACACACGCUUUAUCAAAUGAUGUGACUGCGAUGACUGGUUUUUCUUAUCAGCACUUCAUUGAACAAGGAUUAAUGGAAAGGCAGUAUAUACAAGCUGGUCUGGUUGGACCUUAUCGUUUUCCUAAUGCUAUAUUACAGCUUCAAUUUCAUGUAUCGCUUUCUGUUGGACGAUCAGGGCAAAGAGAUCUUCGAAAACGUGGUGCGAUAUUGCAAAGAAUAUAGCAAUUUGAUCCCGUUGUCUUUUGUGUUGGGUUUCUAUGUAUCUGUAGUGAUGACACGUUGGUGGAAUCAGUACACGGCAAUCCCUUUCCCUGAUCCUUUGGCCGUUUUUGUGAGUGCUACUGUCCAUGGGCAAGAUGAAAGAGGUCGUGUGAUGAGACGCACCAUCAUGCGUUAUGUGUGUCUGUGUGUGACGAUGAUGUUCGCUAUGAUAUCACCAAGAGUGAAAAAAAGGUUUCCAACUUUGGACCAUUUUAUAGAAGCCGGGUUAUUGCAUCAAAGCGAAAAGCACAUCAUCGCUGAUAUGAACAAAAAAUUCCCCAACUAUUCGAAGCAUUGGUUGCCGAUUAUGUGGGCAUCAAGUAUUGUCACACGUGCCCGGAAAGAGGGUCGGAUUAGGGACGAUUUUGCCGUCAAAACUAUGCUAGACGAGUUGAAUAAAUUCCGAGGGCAGUGUGGACUUUUAUUAAGUUAUGACAUGAUAAGUGUGCCUCUAGUCUAUACCCAAGUGGUCACUUUGGCCGUUUAUAGUUAUUUUUUUACAACUUUAAUGGGCCAACAGUGGGUCGAGGGAAACGAGUACAAAUUCGAUUUAUAUUUCCCCGUGUUCACAACGUUGCAAUUUUUCUUCUACGUCGGUUGGCUCAAAGUGGCCGAAUCGUUGAUCAACCCCUUCGGCGACGACGACGAUGACUUUGAAAUCAACUGGAUGGUCGACCGAAACUUGCAAGUCUCUUAUCUAAUCGUCGACGAAAUGCACCACGAGCACCCUGAACUGGUCCGAGACCAGUAUUGGGACGAAGUUUUCCCUCAACAACUCCCCUACACGGGCUCUUCGACCCGCGAAAGCCACCCUUUACCCUCAACGGCGAACAUACAAGUCCACCCCAACGUCGAAUCCGACUUGAUCGGACCCUCAUCUCUGAAAAUCGACGAACUUUCAGGAGAUAUGAUGAACAGUGGUGGGAUAAUGUUUUCAGCAAAGCCGGGAAGAGGCAAUUCGCAAACAUCGAUGGGAAUGGGGAAUUCCGUCCCUGAUUCGCGGCCGAUUUCCAGAGCGGGCUCAGUGACUAGCAUGUUGAAACGAUUCUUGAGCAAAGAAGAUAAACCAAAACCGGAGGAAAGUCAAGAAUUGACUCAAGUCAAUGUGAAGAAUCCCACAAACUCCAAAAAGUUUGCGACUGAAGUUAUCGAAGAAGUGGAUGAGCAAACGACAAUAACUUCGCAAAAAUCAGCCAAUGAAAACCGACCUAGUGUUCUCGGGGUGUUUGGACCACCACCCCACUCGGAGCCCAUCAGCGUGCCGAACUCGCUCAACACACGGACGAGGACUGUUUAUGACCCUUUUCCGUUGUCGACAUCGGCUCCAGUCACGCAAGAUGACUAUAAAGAUACCACCGAUAAUGUCAGUAUUGGCAGUUCAUCAUCAGAAAAAGACGAAUUCAGCGAACUGAAGAAAAAGCGGGAUGAGGAAAGACUAAGCAGAUUAAAAGUGAAUCUCCUGAGGUCCGUUAGUACGACGCCGAAUGAAGACGGUGAAGAAUGCGAAGUUCUGUUAGACAAAGAUAGUUCAAAGGAACCGCAGAGUCCAAGUUCACCGGCUUCAGUAAUUUAAGACAGUAUUAUUUACAUUGUUUUUACGAAUCUCCGCCUAAGUAACGUUAGCAAAUAACACGUUAGAUAAGAUAUGAUUGAUUAAAAUGUGAUUUUAUAAACUGAUACGUAUAUAUAUUUUAUUACUUAAAGCAAAAGAGCGUUCAUACUUACUUUAAACUUUAAUAGUGAUAUUAAAUUAAGCAAUGUACAAGUACGUUAAAAAUUAAAUAAAUCAAAAAGCA